CUGCCAGUAACCAGUGACAAGACGUUUUCGCUAUUUUGGUGUGUAUACAGCAUGCUCACGUGGCUUCUUCAGCUGUUGCGCAUGGGCGCCUUCAUCCCCGGUUUCAUGGAGGUGUCAACAGAGAAGAUCUUUUUGGACGCCAUGCUCGCCAUCGUGUUCACCACGGAGGUGAUCUUCUUGAACGUGCAGAUUCAGCGCCACAGCAAGCUGAUGCGGCGGUUCAUCCUCCAGCUGAACAACAUUCUCGACGCCGGGGACGAAAUGAUGAGGAACAUCGUGACAAUGACCAUGAAGCCGAUCAUAAUCCCAUUGAACUUCUAUUGGCUGACCGGCCUGGCGACCGUGUCCAUAUGGUGCCUCGUGCCGUUAAACUUGCUGUCCAAGAAAAGUUCCUUCUACUACGAGGAUUACCGGAUGCCGGUCGCUUUCGGCAAGCAGCCCUUCUCAGCCACGGUCUUCGUGUUAGGUACCCUGGUCAUAUCGAUCAGCAGCAUAGGCAUGUACCUGAAGAAGGUCAGCGUGGACAUCUACAUGGUGAACAUGGUGUUGUUGAUGACGUUGCAGUAUCGAUAUAUAUCGACGAAACUCGCGCAGAUUUUUCGCGAAGGCGCUUCGUGGAACGAAGGAGACAACGCUCCCGCGGGGAAGUAUUCUUCCGGAGUGAAUGGAGUGGAUGGAGGAGUUGAAAGUGUUGUGUCGGUACCACAACAGCGUGGUCCACCUAUCGCUCGUGCUGAAGAAGCUACUGUCCUGGAAUUUAAACAUAAUUUAUAUCACUAGCAUAUUCCGCUUCUGCUUUGGCGCUU